CUGGGCCCCAGGUCUCCUGCCGCCUGCUCUUCCUGUUCUCAGCUUCCGUCCCCUUGGCUUCCUCGCAGCACCCCACCUGCCAGCGCUGAGCCUCCAGGGCCCUGCCCGGCCUGAAGUCGCCCUCAGUCCCUCUGCCUGCAGAAGUUUCUUCACCCCCAAUGAGAGGAGGCGCGGACCCAGGUCUCUGGAGAGCUGAGGGUUGAGGGCACUGCGCCAACACACAGUCCCGUCACCUCUGUCCCUGAAGACACUCGUACCCUCCAUGUGGAGCCAAGAUGGGGAACAGAACCGAGGAAGAUUAUAACUUUGUCUUCAAGGUGGUGCUGAUCGGUGAGUCAGGCGUGGGGAAGACAAAUCUGCUGUCCCGAUUCACACGGAAUGAGUUCAGCCACGACAGCCGCACCACCAUCGGGGUUGAGUUCUCCACCCGCACGGUCAUGCUGGGCACCGCUGCCAUUAAGGCUCAGAUCUGGGACACGGCCGGCCUGGAGCGGUACCGGGCCAUCACCUCCGCGUACUAUCGAGGUGCGGUGGGGGCCCUACUGGUGUUUGACCUGACCAAGCACCAGACCUAUGCCGUGGUGGAGCGCUGGCUGAAGGAGCUCUAUGACCACGCCGAGGCCACCAUCGUCGUCAUGCUCGUAGGCAACAAGAGUGACCUCAGCCAGGCCCGGGAGGUGCCCACUGAAGAGGCCCGAAUGUUCGCUGAAAACAAUGGACUGCUAUUCCUGGAGACCUCAGCCCUGGACUCCACCAAUGUUGAGCUGGCGUUUGAGACUGUCCUCAAAGAGAUCUUCGCAAAAGUGUCCAAGCAGAGGCAGAACAGCACCCGGACCAACGCCAUCACCCUGGGCGGUGCCCAGGCUGGGCAGGAGCCGGGCCCUGGUGAGAAGAGGGCCUGCUGCAUUAGCCUCUGACCUGGGCUCACACCAACCCUGCCCCCAAGGCUGACCCCACCGCCGCCACCCGGCUCGGGGACCUUCCCCUGCCCCGUGGUGCUUCCAGAUGUCAGAGCGGAUGCUUCCCUGCUCCCAGCCCCACAGACCACAGGGCCCUGAGGUCAGCACGGUCCCCCCACCUGCCAUGUCUCCACUGCCUGCUCCCCCGCCACACACACUCAGUCUUCCAAUAAAGCUGUGUUUUGUACCAA